AUGGCUGUACGUCGAGGAAAAAGGAACUUGAAAUUGCAGGUCUCUGAAGAGACACCUGUACCUGUGUAUGUAAUAUUAUCACAUUGUUAUUAUAUUGUUAUAUUUAAUUUAAUUUUUGUUUGUUAUCUUCUGUUGUAAUAGCAAUAUUUUUUUAUUAACGUUUUUUUUAUAAAUAUAUAUAGGAGACAUGUAUCUAAAUGAAAAAUAUAUAAUAUCAUGUCGGAACUUUUAUAGAUUUUUUAAUAAAAUGAUCAUUUUAUAAAAGCAAUGAUAAAUUUUAUGUACUGUAGCACUCCGCCGAGAAAUCUAGAUAAAAGAACUACGAUAACCAUAGGUGAUAAAACAUUUGUGGUAGAAGCAGAUGAUUUAGAAACAAUUUGUAUUCUUGGACGUGGAGCAUAUGGUAUUGUGGAUAAAGUACGACAUAAACAAAGUGGUACUAUUAUGGCGGUUAAGAGAAUAACUGCAACAGUUAAUACGCAAGAACAAAAACGUUUACUUAUGGAUUUAGAUAUUUCUAUGCGUAGUUCAGCGUGUCAGUAUACAGUACAAUUUUAUGGAGCAUUAUUCAGGGAAGGAGAUGUUUGGAUAUGUAUGGAAGUUAUGGAUAUGAGUUUGGAUAAAUUUUAUACAAAAGUAUAUAAGCAUGGACAUGCCAUUCCUGAAGAUAUUUUAGGAAAAAUUGCUUUUGCGGUAGUAAGUGCAUUACAUUAUCUAUAUUCACAGUUGCGAGUAAUUCACAGGGACGUAAAACCUAGUAAUAUUCUAAUUAAUCGAAAAGGAGAGGUCAAGAUCUGUGACUUUGGUAUUUCUGGUUAUCUUGUGGAUUCUGUUGCUAAAACUAUUGAUGCUGGCUGUAAACCAUAUAUGGCUCCAGAAAGGAUAGACCCGACGGGUAACCCUUCGCAAUAUGACAUCAGAUCUGAUGUUUGGUCAUUAGGUAUAUCUCUUGUUGAAUUAGCAACAGGAAAAUUUCCCUAUGAAUCUUGGGGAACGCCGUUUGAACAAUUAAAGCAAGUUGUAAAAGAUGAAGCACCAAAGCUACCAGCUGGUAAAUUUUCCGCCAGUUUUGAUGAAUUUAUUACUAAAUGGUAAAAUCAAUUAUUUUUAAUUUUUAAUUUUUAAUUUUUAAUUUUUAAUUUUUAAAUUCAUUAUAUAUAUAUAUAUAUAUCAAUUAAUAAUUAUUUUUUCAGUUUAAUGAAGGAUUAUACUGCCCGUCCAAAUUAUAAUCAGCUAUUGAAACUUGAUUUUAUCACAGAACAUGCCAAAAAGGACACAAAUGUUGCUGAAUUUGUUGGAGAAAUUUUGGAUUUACCCGAAGUUGAGUAA